GACAGACCGGUGGGGAUGGAGAGCUCAGACGCGCGCGCUAUCACCGUGCGCGUGGUUCGCAUCCGUCUGGGGGCUGUGUGCGCGUAAAGCCGGAACGACCCGGCGUCCGUCCGGGCUCCCCGACUCUACAACAUGGAUGACGUGUUUAACCACAGCGGGGCAUGUAACCGCAGUUCACCCGGAGAUGACCGAUUCAGCUUCGAAGACAUCGACGUGAGCGCGGACGGAACCCCGGUCCUGAGGAUACUCAUCUCCGUGGUGUACUCGGUAGUUUGCGCGGUGGGUUUGGUGGGGAAUCUGCUGGUGUUUUUCCUCAUGAGGUUGCGACAAGGUCGGAAGAGGUCCACUAUCAAUUUCUUCAUCAUCAACUUGGCGGUGACGGACUUCCAGUUCGUGCUCACUCUGCCCUUCUGGGCCGUGGACACCGCGCUGGACUUCAGCUGGCCGUUCGGAGACGCCAUGUGCAAAAUCAUCCUCUCCGUCACCGUGAUGAACAUGUACGCCAGCGUGUUUUUUCUCACCGCGAUGAGCGUGACCCGCUACUGGUCCGUCGCCUCGGCCCUGAGGAAAAAAGCGCACGGGAGGUCGCGGCGCGUCAAGUGGGUGUGCGCGGUGCUCUGGGUGGCGGCGACGGUGGCCACGGCGCCGACGUGCGUCUUCUCCGCCGCCACCGUGGUCGCCGGAGAAAAACUCUGCCUCCUAAAGUUCCCCGACGGGCACGACUGGCUCGCCCUCUAUCACAUCCAGAAAAUCUUGAUCGCCUUCGUCAUCCCCAUGCUCAUAGUGUGCGUAAACUACCUGAUGCUCCUGCGCUUCGUCCGACGGCGCAGCAUGAGCGGCGGCAACCCCAAACGGAGGUCUAGAGUCACCAAGUCGGUCGCUGUUGUGGUCUUGUCCUUUUUCUGCUGCUGGAUGCCAAACCACGCCAUCACAUUCUGGGGGGUCUUGGUGAAAUUUAACGCGGUUGACUGGGAUAAGUCGUAUUACCUGGUGCACACGUACGUGUUCCCGGUCACCGUGUGCCUGGCGCACGCAAACAGCUGCCUGAACCCGGUGCUUUACUGCCUGAUGAGGCCAGAGAUCAGGAAGAUGCUCAGCGGUUUGAUCUGGAGAGUCUCCACUCCGUCCAUAUCCAACCCGGUUGGCACGACGCGUUAUUUUACGCAGGGGGAAACCCAGGGAGUCGUGCCUCUCCAGGUUUUGGAUAAUAACCAGUCCUUGCUGUCCAUCAUAGACCGUAAAGGUUUACCAAGCUCCAGCAUAACCCAAGACGCCACCUAAAAAAAGAUUGAAAUAAAAAUAUACCUCGUGUCGAUUUUUUUCCAUCUGUUACCGUUGUUACUCGUGCGUAAUGCUUUCGUAAUGCAGCAGUAACUGUGCACUAUAUCCAGGAACGAUCACAAUGAACAUGAACAAUGUAUGACAAGUGUAAUGUAGACUUCAUUAAAUCCCCAAAACUGUCGCAAAAUAGCUGGACGAACAAGCUUAGGGACAUCUUUCCUUUCUCUCCUCUAACGCAGAAGAUGCAUUUAUGAUGAGAGAGAGAGAGAGAGAGCGAGAGAGAGACGGUUUAAUAAUGAAGGGGAACCUCAAAUGAAUGAUGUAAUAACACAUUUGCAAUGUUUGCUACCCAUGUCUGCCUGUUAAUAAAUGGACUUUUCAAAGUGGUUACAG